CAGCGGCGCUCGGAAAUUUCGACGCAUGAAGUUGAUAUGGGAGAGCAUUCAGACAGUUCAGCUCGGGUGCGUCCGUAACUAGGUCGCAGAUGAAUUCCCGCAAGAUGAAGACUGUCACUACUUCGGCGAUCCUGCUAGGGGCUUCUGCGGAAGCUGCUCUUUACAAGACAAAGACACCACCGAUGGGAUGGAACAGUUAUAAUCAUUAUAACUGCUACCCUAGCGAGGAUAUCAUGAAGACCAAUGCCCAGGGGCUCGUAGACUUGGGAUUGGCUGACCUGGGUUACACAUAUGUCACGACGGACUGUGGGUGGAUGUCGAGGGACAGAGACUUGGAAGGUCGGCUACAGUGGAAUGCUACUCUUUUCCCAUCUGGAGGCAAGGCCCUAGGAGAUUAUAUCCACGGCCUAGGCUUGAAAUUCGGUCUUUACUCCGGUGCAGGUUACUAUCAAUGCGGCUCGACGGAUCUCCCAGCUUCUCUCGGAUUUGAAGAAAUAGAUGCGCAGUCGUUUGCCGAGUGGCAAGGAGACUCCUUAAAAUAUGACAACUGUUAUUCAUCCUCAAAGGACAAAAUGGCAGAUUAUGUGUCACCGGAAUCUACAUCGCCUGAGCGUCACAAGAAGAUGGCCGCGGUUUUAGACGACGUAGAGCGAGAUAUCGCCUACUUCAUUUGCCAAUGGGGUAUCGGAGAAGAUCUAGGUGAGUGGGCGCCGCCCAUUGGCAACGUCUACAGGAUCAGCAAUGACAUCUAUAACUCGUGGAGGAGCGUGUGGCGGAUUGCAAACCAAGUCGUGCCGUUUUAUAAAUCUACCUCGGUCGGUGCUUAUCCCGAUAUGGAUAUGCUCAUUGUUGGACUUAACGCCCUGUCUCUCGAGGAGGAGAAAUUUCACUUCAGCAUGUGGGCUAUCAAUAAGUCUCCUCUUAACAUCGGGGUGCCAAUGGACCCGAAGCUCGCGCCGGCCGCCUCUCUUGAUGUGCUUCGCAAUGAAGAAGUUAUAGCUAUCAAUCAGGAUUCGCUGGGAAAACAGGCGCGGCUUAUCCGUCGGUACACCGAAGAAGAGUGGGAUAUUUGGGCUGGCGAGCUCUCCGGAUCAAGGAUCGUUCUUGGAAUUGCAAACUGGAAAAACGAUUCUCAGACGGUAGAGUUCGACCUCUCGGCAGCGGACGUCUCGGAGGCUCACGCUCGCGAUGUUUGGGCAGCGGAAGACAUUAGUACGAUCUCGGGGGUCCAAAAAUUCGAGCUCGCGGCCCACGAAAUGAGAUUGCUGGUCCUGGGCGACAUCGUGGCAUCGACCUCACGACCUACAUCAAAAGGCUAUUACUCGGUAGAAAAUGCCACGCUCUCGGGUGGCGCGACGAAGGUUACCUGCGAGGCAACUCAAUGCGUCCCUACGGGUAACAAGAUCAGCAUUGCCGCCCAAGGAGCGAGCGCAACUUUUGACUCAGUAACUGUAGGCUCCGAGGGAAAGAAGCUAGUUGGUGUUGAUUUUAUUAACUACGAGAUCGCCCUAGACAGUGCCUGGGGCUGGGGUUCCAAUACUCGAAACAUGACAGUUGUGGUCAACGGCGGAUUGCCGAAGAGAUGGGCGUUUCCUAUAUCAGGAGGUGACUGGUUUGAGUCUGAUAGGUUGCUUAUCGAGGUUGACGGAUUUGUGGAGGGUGAGAACCAAGUAAUCUUUGCUACGAGUGGAAACUCGCCAGCCCCGGACCUUAUUGGAUUUGAACUGUUUGAAUGAACGAGUUAAAUGAUUAGUUGAGUAGCCUUAUAGAGCUGAUUGGUAUUAUUUCGUUAGAUGUAUAAAAUAUGACAGACAGUUGCCGCGAUGUCAACGAAGUUAUGAACUCUAUUGGAUCGUUUGCGAUUGAUUGAUUUCUUAGGUUGGACGCUCAACACAUUCAACUGUAGUAUCAAUUGUCAAAUAAAGAAGAUGGCAUCAAACGUCUAUAACAUUGGGCUUAAAAUAAAUCCUGAACUAUCGU